AGUAGGCCAGCUUACGUGAUGCCCUAUCUCGUGUCGAAUUCGUCACAGGCGCACAAAUUUUCUAUGGCAAACUCUGCACACGCGAAAAGAGAAACAUUCUCUCCCGAAAGGCCGCGUGAGACGAGCACUAGAUUGGUUCCGUCACCUCCGCGCCGCCUCGACUCGAGCUUGAGCUCAGUCUCGCCCCCAUUACGAACGACGAAGCCCACGCCGGUCUCUCAGACACUCGGCAAUGGGAUGAAGGCGAUCAGAAACGAUUGGGCGAGGAAACCGAGUUCUCGACGCAUAUUUCGCCUGCGUCGAUAUCUUUGCAGUCAACGAUCGCGAGACUUUAUCCCGAAGAACGCGUGCAUGCUGGUUCUGCAGUCGCCGCCCGUCAUCAAGCAAAACAUGAGUCUCACUAUGCAGUCGUCAACUCGGAGUCCCGUCAAGCCGCCGCCGGCGAGUCUCGCAUCCAAGGAGCAGAUGAUUUGCGCUACUAUACACGAUCUGGGGGUGUUCCUGUGCUGCAAUUCGCACCCAUGUACUUCCAACGAUUGACCUCAUCGACAGCUUGAACCCCCUGACGACCGAUCCAAGAACUUUUCCGUUCCGGGGCCCAAUUUGGAAAUACUCCCAUCAGAUCUCAACCGUCCAUCUACCACAUCUCACAGGGGACACCGUGGCCUUCCUGUCGCCCAGGUCUCGCCAGCGGAGCGUCGGAAUCUUGAGCAUGGAGGCGUCUUGGAUGUACCGUGACUCCCAUGCAACUGCCACUACCAGCAGCGCCGCGGGAAGAGGAACCGAGGCGAAUCUGAACCUCCAGACGGGGGGAGCAUGUGGUUCCGUGUCGCGCGACCUGGCAGCAGUGCAGCGGCAGGCGGCAGUGGGCGAGGACUCGCCGCAGGUGCGCGCGCGGGACUCCAUGGUCGCCGUCGUCAUGGCUGCUGCUGCUGCUGCCGCCGCUGCGCCAGCGCCAGCGGCUCAGACACAGCAGCAGCUGCAGGCCUAGCGGCAGCCAACGCAGCCGAGGCAGGAAUGUCCCAAAAGGGGUCUCUUCUGGCCGCCCACCAGCUCGGCCCAGUGCUUAGGAACGCCACAGUUCUCCCUGCUUCCCUCUCCCGUGUUCCACCCACCCAGCUCAGCCUUCCAGCUGCCCCUGCUCCUGCUGUACCGUCCCCGGUCCCUGCAGCUGCAGCAUCAGCCUCAGCAAUGUCAGCAGCGCUCUCCGGCCAGGCAUUGAUGGGCAUGCAUGCCAUGAUGCUGGCUGUUGCUGCUGCCGGUGCUGGCCAGCAGCAGCAUCGCAUGGACUUAGCAGCAGCGCACCGCCGCUUCGCUGUUGAGUCAGCAGCUGCGGUGGUGGCAGCAGCACCCACAGAGACGGCAGCAGCUGCUCAGUCCACAGUCUCCCAGCCUUCCCCCUCCGCCGCGUUCCCUCCACUACCAACGCAGCUACAACCCCCGCUGCUGCUGCCGGAACAGCCACAGCUACGAACGCUGCUGGAACGGACUGGCACAAGUGGCAGUGGCAUCAGGGCCAGUGUUUGUGGUAGUGAUGGCGGCAUGGCCCCUCGCGUCAGCAAGCUGCUGGCCAAGUGGCUGCGGUCGGACGACGAGGGCCCGCACGUGUGCCCCGUAUGCAAGCAGAGCUUCCCCACGGCCGUGGGCCUCAAGCAGCACCAGCACGACCGCUGGCGCUGCUCCCUCGGCUCCCAGCCAUGCACGCCUCUGCCCCUGCUGGUGCUGCUGUGCCUGGGCCAGGUGAUGGGGCAGCCGUAACAGAUGGUGGUGGUAGUGCUGCUGUUGCUGCUGCUACUGCUGCUGGUCGUCGAGGGGGUUCUGGUGUCAGUGAUGCUGGCGAUAGAAUCAG